CAUGAUGAGAUGGCAGUUGGGAAGCGCGUCAUCGAAUGCAUUGUACUUUCACGCGAGGUGAUAACCAUGUGCAGUACAAAAUGGUACAUGCGCGCGCCUGUGUGAGUGAACGGGCUAGUGAUCGAGAAACUAGGGCCAGCCACGAUCUUGAGCGGAUCUGCCGGAAGGUCUAGACGACGAGGUUCUCCCUCAUCACUGCAAGUGACAUGCAAAGAGUGCCGCAUGCGCAUCAGAGACGAUCUUGAUAGGAAGAAGAGACUGUUCGUCCGGCAGCGGCAUGGAACCGGGCCGGCGAGAUUCUCCAAAGGGUUGUGUACUGAGCAUUGUGCACUUCUAUCGUCAUGUAGACAUCAUCGUUCCUCAUCGCAGAACGACACGCUAGUGGAUCUGCCUAAGAGUUUCUUAGCCACAAGCUCGGAUCUGAGCAAUAAGGAAGCAGAAUGCACCCGCAUCCGUCCACGGAUAGUGCAGAAGAGAGGGUCGGAGGUAAAGGAAAGUGCGAAUUCCCGGCACGCGCGCCGUGCCAUGUCGCGUGCCUGGUGGGCGGGUCAUGAAUGAUGGAUGCAGCUGGAGGGUAUGAGUGUGCUGACAGAGCACAAAACGCGCGCCAGCAAGAGAAAAAAAUGUCGAGAAAACAACGAUCUGCGCCGGACAGACAGAUUCGAU